AUGACUUCGCUUGCGCUGACCUUACGACUACUCGCGCCAAAUGAGAGCACCGCUGAAGUUGAUGUUAUGCUCCGAAAAGCGGCAAAGGUGGUCAAGAGAAUGCUAAAUCUCCGCGUGAUGGAGAUUUGGAACGGGCAAGAGGGAUUGGCAGCCCUCUUCCAAUACCGGCAGAUGGGCUAUAGGCAGCGUCUCAUGAUGACCUGGGGAGCAACAUGGGAUUAUGCCUUGCAGCCGUCCGUCAUACGGGCUUGGGAGGCAGUCGGCAUUAAGCAGCAAGGAAAGAAUCACUUGAACGAUUGCGUCGUCGUCAAGGAGCGACUGAACGUUGGUGUUGUUAGGUGCCACGGUGAUGCGAUCCAUCAUUUGAAGCUGUCGAGCUUCUUUAUGCGGUCUGUUUCACUGCACCAGAUUCGGAUGGAGAAUAGAAUCUUGGACGGUGGUAAGUCAAAGCACCCACUUUUGGGCCACCCCCACAUAUGGGCCACCCAAAAAUGCCUCAUCACCAACCUCCUCCUUCAUCCUCCUCCAACUUCAAACUAUCACAUCUUUUUCCAACCUUAUGCAAAUGGCCUCAUCUUUUUAGGGCACCUUAUUCUAGGCAUUAUGAGCCAGUAUACAGAAAAUGAAGUCAAUCAAGCGCUUGAGGCCAUUUCGAACGGUCAGAGUGUCAGGAAGGCUGCCCAGCAGUAUGGUGUGCCAAGGUCUACCCUUCAGCAUCGUCUUCAAGGCACCCAGGCAAGGGCAGCAGCAUUUUCUGACCUGCAGAGGCUCACAGUGAGCCAGGAGGCCAAGUUGGCUGAAUGGGUGCGAAUCCAGCAUGCCCUUGGGCUUCCUCCAACCCAUCAACAAGUGAAGCAUUUUGCAGAAAGAAUCCUUCAUGCCAUAGGGGAUACCCAACCUAUAGGGAGAGGCUGGGUCCAGGCCUUUAUAAGGAGGAAUCCAUCAGUCAAGGUCAAGAGAAGUUGCCCUAUUGAUUCAAGACGUGUUAAUGGGGCAUCUACUGAGGUCAUCAGGGACUGGUUCAAGCAUCUCGCCAUACCAGAGAUCAUCAGCAUCAAACCAGCCAACAGAUAUAACAUGGAUGAGACUGGUAUCCUUGAGGGCCAGGGAUCUAAUGGGCUGGUGCUGGGGAUGUCUGAGGCGAAGUCUAUCCGCAAGAAACAGCCUGGAUCAAGGGCAUGGGUGUCUAUUAUUGAAUGCAUCUCUGCCCUAGGCCACAGACUUCAUCCCCUUAUUAUAUAUAAGGGUAAGACAGUCCAGCAGCAGUGGUUUCCUCUAGAUCUUAGCCCUUAUGAAGGCUGGCAAUUCACAGCAACUGAAAAUGGCUGGACAACAGAUGCUACUGCAGUUGAAUGGCUGCAGAAGGUGUUUAUCCCUCAGACUGUCCCUCAGGGCAAGGGGGAUAAGGAGGAGGCUAGACUAUUGAUCCUGGAUGGGCAUGGGAGCCACACAACGACUGACUUUAUGUGGUUGUGCUAUAUAAACAACAUCCAUCUAUUGUUCUUACCGCCACACACCUCCCAUGUCCUCCAGCCACUUGAUCAAGCAGUCUUCAGCCCUCUUAAGGCAGCCUAUAGGAAGGAGCUUGGAUACCUUAGUCUAUGGAAUGACUCUACUAUUGUAGGCAAGAGGAACUUCCUAGGCUGUUAUUAUAAGGCUGCCCUUGCAGGUAUGACGAUGCAGAACAUCAGAAGUGGUUGGAAAUGGACAGGGUUAUGGCCUGUCUCUAUGGCGAAGCCUCUGAUGAGCUCCCUCCUACUCCCAACAACACCAAAGCCAUCAGCAUCGUCAGAUCAGGUCAGCAAAGGGCAGUCUAGGGGCAAGGAAGCUGAAGGAUGGGCAUCUGCGUCGUCUGCAGUGGCAUGGUCGACGCCAAGGAAGAUGAAGGAUCUGUCUGGCCAACUGAAGCUAUUCACAGAGUUGGAUAAUGAUGCGCAUACCCAACGCCUCCUUUUCAUGAAGGUGAAAAAAGGCUUCAGCGAGCAGGCCUAUGAGCUGGCCACUGCCCAGCAUAAGCUGGAGCUUCUGCAGGCCCAAGUUACCAACACUGCAGUAAGGAAAAGGAAGGCAGUUCAGAUCAACCCAAACACUAAGUUCGCCAACAUCAAAGACAUCCAGAAGGCUCAGGUUGAGGCUGGCGAUAAAGAGGAUAUCACAGAUGAGUCCAGCGAGGCUGAUUUACCUAGUGAGGCUGAAAGCUGUAUUGUGGUGGCAUCUAGGUGCAGUCAAUAG